AUGCCCCUCCGCAUCCUGAUUGUGGGAGCCGGGCUCGCGGGUUUUUCUGCCGCCAUUGCUCUUGCCCGCCAGGGCCACGACGUCCACAUCUUCGAGCGCUCUGCCUUCUCCAACGAGGUCGGCGCUGCCUUGCACUUUGGCCCCACCACCACCGCCUAUGUCUUCCCGCAAUGGGGCAUCGACGCCUACCGCGACUUCCACGCCUGCAAGGUCGAGCGGUGGUACAACUACAACGUCAAGGACGGCGUCAUGGACCCCAUGCCCGACCGCUACAACCUGGAAGCCCGCCGCCGCGAGCUCCACUUCGAGGGCGACGAAGUGAUGUGCCACCGGGUUGACGCGCACUCGGCCCUGCGGGAAAAGGCCCUGUCGUAUCCCAAUGCACACCUUCAUCUGUCGUCAGGCGUCCAGGCCGUUGAUCCCGACGCCGGCACCAUCACCCUCAACGACGGCACAACCCACCGGGGCCAUGUCGUCGUCGGCGCCGACGGCAUCCACUCGCAGACGGUGCAGGCAAUUGCUGGGCCCGAGUGCGUGCCCACUCGCGCCGGCGUCAACAUUUUUCGCUUUUUCGUCCAAGAGGAAAAGGCUCGCCAGAACCCACUGGCCGCCGAGUUUCUCGAUGCACACGGGUACCCGAACGCCCAUGUCAGCUUUCGCGGCACCAACGGCUCUGUGUCCGUCAUCUACACUGCAAGAAAUGGCACCUAUCUGAACUUCGGCCUUCUGUUUCCCGCCAGUAUCUCCAAGCGCGACCUGACAACCAUGGACUGGCAAGCUCCCAGCGACCCCGACGAGGUUGUCGAUCUCUUCUACGACCAUCCGCAGUUCUUCAAGGAGCUCAUCUAUCUAGGCGAGGACUUCAAGCACUGGGCCUUCCCCGCCCGCGCUGUACCCAAGUCGUUCGUCAGGGGUAGGCUGGUCCUGAUUGGCGAUGCUGCACAUCCCCUGCACCCAACACACGCCACCGGCGCCGUCCAGGGUGUCGAGGACGCUGCAUGUCUUGGCGAGCUGUUCACCUCGGAUGCGACGGCCAGAGAUGUUCCCGAGCGGCUGGGGCUAUACAACAAGCUCAGAUACGAGAGGGGCGUCACUUUGAAAAUCACGUCAGAAGUCGGCGUGCUUGCCGGCGUCAAUCCCGACACCAGACUUGAGAAUCUCAGAAAAUAUGUGCCCAACGGAAGCGUACCCGAAGAUCCGGACGCCUACAUCUGGCUAUAUAACCCGGUCAAGGAAGCUCGAGAAGCCCUUCAGGCCCAUUUGAAAAGCAAACAAUCGUGGCUACCAAGCUGCACUCUUAUGUAA